AAAAAAAAAACCUUAACCUACUAAGGCUAAUCCUACUGAACCCGUGCAGCCAUGACGAGGGGAGUAAUUUCAUUGGUUUCUGGGGGGAUGAGUGACCACUUUAGGAGGAUGGGGACCGUGGAAAUGCCCCAUAUGAGCACGAGAGGGCUCCUCUUUGCCGUCAUGGUUAUCGUGUACACGUUCUUUUACCUAAUCAGUUUUCGCCUGAUGAUGGGGGUAAUGCAUGCAAAGGGGCGUGUCCAUGGGGGGGACGCGGUUACGCCGAUUUGCCGCCACGCCGAUUUGCCGCCACACCGAUUUGCCACCCCGCCCAUUUGCGCCUCACCAACUUACCCGCUCCACUUUUUCCUUUUACGACAGGUUGAACAGAGUAUCAUGGGCCUGGAAGUUGACGAAGACGAUAAUGCGGGCCAUGAGGGUCUUCACUCCGCGGAAGCAGAGGUGGUAGAGGACUCAGAGCACGCAGGUGAGAACCCCAAUUCAGAGGAAAGGGAACAAAGCGAUAGCUAGAUGGAUCACUGAAGGGGAGUCAAUUGGGUCUCUGGACCCAGUUGACGAGAUGCGAUUUGUUUGUGCCCGUCGCGAGGGGGCAGCGCGCCACCAGGGGGGUGCAAUUUUAUUAUAUCAUUAUUUAUUAUUUAUCAUUUAUUAUUAUUUUAUUUUACUAUUUUAUUAUUAUAUUUUGCUAUUUCAUUUUACUGUUUCAUUUUCUUCUUUGUUCCUUUCUGCGUCGUGUUGUUCCGUGUGACCUGUUGGGAACCUCCACAAAGAGGCCCCCCCCGUUUGAGCAAAUUUGUGCCUUUGUAUCUUUUAAGCCAAAACACUUAGGGUUUGCUUUUCUGCCCGUUGACUCAUUUUUCUUUUUUCACGUGAAUAAACUUUUUCUCCCCG